AUGUCAGAUUCUAACACAACUGACUUCACCAACCCCUCCACUUUCAUCCUGCUGGGCAUUUCUGGCCUGGAAACGGCUCAUGUCUGGAUCUCCAUCCCCUUCUGCACCAUGUAUGCCAUAGCUGUCUUGGGGAACUUCACCACCCUGUUAAUAGUGAAGAGGGAGCCUAGCCUCCAUGGGCCCAUGUACUAUUUCCUCUGUAUGCUGGCCGUCACUGACCUGGCCCUAUGCACAUGCACAAUUCCCAAAAUGUUGAGCAUCUUCUGGUUCAACUCCAGGGAGAUCGAUUUCAGUGCCUGCCUCACUCAGAUGUACUUCAUUCACUGCUUCUCAGUGGUGGAGUCUGGGAUCUUUGUGGCCAUGGCUUUUGAUCGCUACGUGGCCAUCUGUGAUCCCCUGAGACAUUCCACCACCCUGACAAAUUCCAUGGUGGUCAAGAUUGGCUUGGCCAUGGUGCUGCGUGGUGGCAUGCUUGUACUGCCUGCUUUCCUUCUGGUAAGGCAGUGGCCAUAUUGCAGAACCAACAUCAUCCCCCACUCGUACUGUGAGCACAUGGCCCUGGUGAAGCUGGCCUGCGGUGACAUCCACAUCAGUAGUUACUACGGCCUCUUUGUGGUAUUCUUUGUGACUGGUGUGGAUGUGUUUUUUAUUGCCGUAUCCUAUGUCCAGAUUCUCAGGGCCAUCUUCAGCCUUCCCACAAAGGAUGCCCGGCUCAAGACUUUUGAGACCUGCACCUCCCACCUCUGUGCCAUGUUAGCCUUUUACAUCCCAGAUCUUUUCUCCUUACUCGCACACCGGUUUGGUAGCAAUGUGCCCCUGCAUUUCCACAUUAUCAUGGCCAACAUGUACCUUCUAGUGCCCCCCACGCUGAAUCCCAUCAUCUACGGGAUGAGGACCAAACAGAUCCGGGACAAACUGCUCCAUCUCUUUACUCAUAAGGGGACUUAA